AUGAAGACCGCAUUCGCCACAACGCUCCUCGCCGCGCUCUGCGCAACCCUCGCCAGCGCCGGCGUCGUAAUCACGCCCAUCCACCAGAACCAGAUCGUGCCCAAGGCGAGCAACGACUGCUUCUUCGGUCAGACGACUCCUUUCGGCUGCGGCCCCGUCCGCUCGUAA